GCACUCCUGGCCAACAUGGCGGCGGCGGCGGGGGUCGGGCGGGAUAGUUUACCUGAGCACUGGUCCUACGGGGUCUGCAGAGACGGCCGCGUCUUCUUUAUCGAUGACCAGCGCCGCUGCACCUCCUGGCUGCACCCGCGCACCGGGGAGCCGGUCAACUCGGGCCACAUGAUCCGUUCAGACCUGCCCCGCGGCUGGGAGGAGGGCUUCUCCGAGGAAGGCGCCAGCUACUUCAUAGACCACAAUCAGCAGACCACAACAUUUAGGCAUCCUGUGACUGGACAGUUUUCUCCAGAAAAUAUUGAAUUCAUUCUUCAGGAAGGGUCAAAUUCGCAUAUGUCAAAGCAAGAGUUUAUGAACCAGAGACCCUCCAGCAUGGUCAGUGAGACAUCCACAGUUGGAACUACAUCCACUCUGGAUAUGAAAUCAGGACCAAGGGUUAUCAAGACUAACAAGAUUCACAGCUUUGGGAAAAGGGACCAGUCUAUCAGAAGAAACCCCAAUGUCCCUGUGGUGGUGAGAGGCUGGCUGCACAAACAGGACAGCUCUGGGAUGCGAUUAUGGAAGAGAAGAUGGUUUGUGCUCGCCGAUUACUGUUUGUUCUACUAUAAAGACAGUCGAGAAGAAGCUGUUCUAGGGAGCAUCCCUCUGCCCAGCUAUGUGAUCUCUCCUGUUGGGCCAGAAGACCGAAUAAACCGCAAGUAUUCCUUUAAGGCUGUCCACAAUGGCAUGCGGGCCCACAUCUACAACAGCUCUGGCAUUGACUUUCCGGCGGAGCACUCGGGGAUGAGAACUUACUAUUUCAGUGCUGACACUCAAGAAGAUAUGAACGGCUGGAUCAGAGCCAUGAACCAGGCUGCCCUACUACAGUCUCGAGCAUCACUGAAGCGGGAUGCCGAGAGGACAGAGCGGCAAGCUGUCCCACAAGCCAACCAUACAGACCCCUGUCGAGAGUGUGGCCGCAUGGCCCCUGGACAUACCAGGGACUGCUCCCAGCGAGCCCACAAUGAUGCCUGCUUUGACAGGCCCGAGCAAGACGAUGAGGAACGCUACGGCUUCCAAAGGGACCCUCUGGAGGGGAAGCGGGAAAGGGGGAAGUCCAAGUCCCCCUAUCCAGCCACUGAGGCAGACUCCUUCUUUGUGGACUUACCCAGUGGUCCCAGGGCUCAGUCAGCCCAACCUCAGCUAACGGAGAGGAACGGCGUGCUGCCUAGUUCCUUUGGUGGGGGCACUGGGCUUGGGGAGCAGAAUGGGACUGGUGGGUAUAAGAGGGUUAUCCAUCCCCGAACCAACCCUGAAAAGCAUGCCCAGAGGAGGAGUAACAUGGCGCAGGUGGAGAACUGGGUGAAGGUACAGAAAGGAGACGGCAAAAGCCUUGUCUCAGACCAGAUACGAUUCCUCCAGCAGGGCCCUGGCCAGUCCCUGUCCUUCUCAGAGAACUACCAGACCCUGCCCAAGAACACCCGACAUUCCUCAGGCAGCUCGCCACCUCCACUCCGCAACUUGCCCAGUGAUUACAAAUAUGCCCAGGACCGAGCCAGUCACCUGAAGAUGUCCAGUGAGGAGCGCCGGGCGCACCGGGACGGCACCGUCUGGCAGCUAUACGAAUGGCAGCAGAGGCAGCAAUUCAAGCACGGGAACCCCACGGCCCCCAUCUAUGCAGGCUCUCCGGAGUUUGCCGAUCAGGGCCGGAGCAAGAGCAUGCUGGAGGUGCCCCGCUCCAUCUCUGUGCCACCAUCUCCAUCAGACAUCCCUCCCCUAGGCCCGCCCCGGCUUUUUCCAACCCGGAGGCCGCACACACCAGCCGAGCGGGUCACUGUGAAGCCACUGGAACAGAGGCGGAGUGUGGACAUUUCACUAGGGGGGUCACCCAGGAAGGCCCGAGCCCACACUCUCAAGAACUCCUCCCAUGUGGACAGACGCUCCAUGCCAUCCAUGGGGUAUAUGACACACACUGUUAGUGCUCCCAGUUUACAUGGAAAGUCGCCUGAAGAGUUAACAUUACUUCUCAUUCGAUUAAGGAGACAUCAGGCUAAGUUGGCUAGUGUGCGAAAUUACACAAUCGCCCAAUUACUGCAACAUGAGCCAACAAUUCCCACCUACCAGGCUGAUGACACCUACCUUCAGCUGAAGAAAGACCUGGAGUAUCUAGACUUAAAGAUGACCCGUGACACUCUUAAGGACAGAAGUCUGAAGCCUGUGAAAGUAGCUGAGAGUGAUAUUGACGUAAAAUUAAGCAUCCUCUGUGAACAAGAUAGGGUCCUGCAGGACUUAGAAGACAAGAUAAGAGCCCUCAAGGAGAACAAAGAUCAGCUGGAGUCAGUCCUGGAGGUCUUGCACAGACAGAUGGAACAGUACAAAGACCAGCCCCAGCAUUCAGAAAAGAUUUCUUACCAACAAAAGCUGCUGCAAGAGGAUCUCGUUCACAUACGAGCAGAGAUAUCUAAGCUUUCAACAGAAAUGGAAAAUGCCUGGAAUGAAUACCUGAAGCUGGAAAACGAUGUCAGUCAGCUGAAACAGACUUUACAGAGGCAGAGUCGAAGAUCCUUCUUUCUGCCUCAGGAGAGAUCUCAGAUCCAGAAGGAUCUUUGGAGGAUUGAAGAUGUCACUGCUGGCCUGAGUACAAAUAAAGCAAACUUCAGAAUCUUAGUGGAAUCCUUCAAGAACCCAGAAAGAAAAACCGUGCCUUUGUUUCUUCACACGCCUGUGCCUUCAGUCCUCAAGUCUCUGGGCACUUCAGAGAGCAAACAACCCCCUCAGACUAGCCCUCCAAACAGCCCUCCAUGGGCCAGCCCUGCAAAGACACCCCUGGAGGUUCGCCUCUUUCCGCAGCUACAGACAUAUGUGCCCCGUAGAACCCGUCCACUCCAGGUGAGAAGAGUGACCUGUAUCGGCCAGCCCCUUUCCAAGCUGAUGCCAAAAACUGAAGAUGAGGCACCACCCCGACCCCCACUCCCUGAGCAAUACAGCCCAGAGGACCCACCUCCAGCUGUGCCUCCUCUUCCUCGGGAAGCCACCAUCAUCCGCCACACCUCUGUGAGGGGCCUCAAGCGGCAGUCGGACGAGAGGAAGAGAGACCGAGAGCUGGGGCAGUGUGUGAAUGGGGAUUCCAAGGUUGAGCUUCGUUCAUAUAUGAGUGAGCCUGAGCUGGCUUCCCUCAGUGGUGACAUGAACCAGUCCUCCCUUGGAUUUGUGGGCCCUGACAGUGGCUACCAGACACUACCUGGGCGAGGUUUUUCCGGCUCCACAUCCGGGCUCCAGCAAUCAUCCACCAUUCCUUCCUACGUUACCCUCAGGAGGGGAUUAAAUGCGGAUGGCUCAAAGAGAUCCAAGAGUGCCUUGGAACGGCUGUAUUCUGGGGACCACCUGAGGGGCAAGAUGAGCGCCGAGGAACAGCUAGAGAGGAUGAAGCGCCACCAGAAGGCCCUCGUCCGAGAACGCAAGAGGACGCUGAGCCAAGGCGAGAAGCAGAGCACGUCCCACACCUUCAGCCGGCACAGCCCUGGAGACCUCGGCUCAUGGAAGCGAGAACAGGAGUUUGAUUUGCAAUUGCUUGAGAGGGUCAUGCAAGGAGGCGAGAAAGAUGAGGAUGGCUGGCUGAAAGUAAAGGCUACUCCUGUGACCGAAAUGGACCUAGAGCCUCAAGACUAUGACAUAGACAUCAGCAGAGAGCUGUCCAAGCCAGAUAAGGUAUCCAUCCCCGAACGCUACGUGGACUUGGAGCCCGAGGAGCCACUCAGCCUGGAAGAGUUAGAGGCAAGGUUCCGCAAAGCUGAGAAGAUCCGCAACCUCCUCACCCGCUCGAGCAUGCACAACUUGCAGCCUCUGACCACCCAGGACAAACACCGCUCGGCCGAUCUUGACUCCCAGCUUCAGGAACAAGAACGCAUCUUCCACAUCUCCCACACCCUGGCUUCUGAAGCCUCCCAGCGAAGCAAGCAGGUGGCAGCUCAACAGUCGGCCUUGCUGUACAAGGGCCUCCCCUCACCUUCUGUACCACAGCCCCCCUUAAGCAAUGGAUUUCACUACACGUUUGUCUAAGCACCUUCCAACCCAAGCUGUAACUGACCAGUGACCCGUGUCCCGAAGAGAGGUCUGGAGCUGAGAGCCCAUGGAGCCAACACCCUUGGAGAAGAUCACUUACUUUUCCCAAAGGAAAUUCCAAGAACCUUGGGAAAGGUUUUCUGAAGGGGAGGACAAGAGAGGAGAAGGGACACACUCCCCCCCCCCCAACAAUCCUGUGAAUGAAUUACUGUAGACUAGUCACACACUCACACACACACACACACACACACACACACACACCCCACUUUUGUUUUAGUUCUGACUUUUAUAAAUGUAUAAAAAGGCACUUUUAAUACAUGCUGUAAAAUACUGACACUAUUUUAGAAACAAUAUAUUUUUUAACAAUCUCAAGGGCUGAGUGGAUGGAAAGGUAUUUAUACAGAUGUGGCAGGGUUAGGGGGGAGACACACACACACACACACACACACACGAGGUUCAGUUACACAUUUGGGGGCGGGGCAGGAGAGAGAGGAGAGGACAUGAAAUCACCAAUCACCACCGACUCUUAAAAAAGCAUAUUAUGCUUGAGAUGAACCUAGGUGAGAAUUUAGCUUGAGAAUGGCUUCCCCAGAGCAUGAGUCAAAAGACAACAGGGAUUCUGCUGGGAGGAAGGAGCUGACCAUCCCUCCUACUGUCUCACUGGAGCCAAGGAUUCCUAUCCUGCCUUGACUAUGUCAUUUAUGUUUAGCAUUGUUAACAGCAGCCCCAGGCGCUAGCUGCCCCUUGGUCAGAGGUGUGCAGAGGCUGGAUUCUGACCAUCUUGCCACCUUUUGGCAAUGUAUACACUUACAGCGUAUGGACCUUUGGAAGGAAUUGGGUCUUCUACCAGAAUUCUUUUUAAAAAUCACUUGUAAGAAAUAAAUGAAUAAAAUUUGGAAAUAGCAAAUGGAGAGAGAGAAAGAGAAGCGAUUCAAGCCAUGUAGUAAGCAAUAACUGAACCCACAUCUUGAUUUUCUCUUCAGUUGUCUUCAAAUGCAAGAUAUGGCUUGCUGGACUGUCAAGUGAGUCCAGAAGGGCCUUUGAUGUCCAUUUUCCUGCAGAAACUUGGUUUCCUACAGAAAUAAAAGAGUGACACACCAGGACUUUACAUUGAGUGGCCAGCCCCAAAAGAGGAGGAGGGAGUGGGUCACCAAGAUGUUUGCAGUGUUUUGCAAGACUUUUAACGUGUUCCAGUUAUGUUUUCCUGCAUUGAAAAAAAAAAUGUUUAAAAAAAUCUAGCGAGUGGAACUGCAAGUUACUGAUUAAUAUAAAAAUUCCUAUUGUUUUUUGACUCUAUUCAGAAAAAAAUUAUUCUUAAAUCUAUUUAGAAGACAGUCUAUUUUUAACUCACUCCAGUUACUGCCAGUGUCAACUUCAUAACACUUGCCAAAAUAAAAUGGUUUUAUUUUUGCCUUUAUAAAAAAUUUUGUUGAAAAAAAAAGGAAAUGAAUAUUUUGCAAGAAAAAGUUAAUUUAAAUAAAAGUGUAAUGGUUUGCAAAAAAAAAAAAAAGUAUGU